AUGUUGCUUUCUGCCGACGGGCUACCGAAUAAUUAUUCUCAUUGUACUGCACUUUCAGAUAGAAUAUUACGUUUUGCCGUUCUGUAUAAUAAUAAACUGUCUUUGCACGGUCCCCAGUCCUCUAAAUAUCUGAAAGAAUCCGUGAAGUCCACUGAACGACAUCUUGGAGAACUGGCCAGUGCUCGGUUCCAGCUGGCGUUGGACUCGAAGCUGAAGCAGCGCUCUCUUGAGCUGGACCUACUUGCAGUACGACUUCGACGACGUGAAUCCAUGCGUCGUUGGCUCACCUCUCCCAAUGACCAGGCCAUCGGCGGCGCCUCCUCUCUCGGAUCUGGCGUUAACCUCGCCGGUUGCUGGGCUCCGGAGGUGGCAGGAGGCCUGUUCGGCCGGCACAAAACAGAGAUCAAAGAUCCUCCCGAACGUUGUGGUCCCACGAGACUGUGUGCGACCUUUCCGGUGGCCGGUUCGCAAAUGCGUAUGAUGAGCGCCAGACUGCCGUGCAACCAUGGCGAAAGAGGCCCAUCCGACGCAUGGCGACUCGACCCAAAGGGGCCAGAGGAGCAUCAACCACAAGAAAGCCAAGGGAGCUGUCAGGAUGGGCAAAAAAUAGAUGGGGAACUGAGGCCAAAUGAACUUGUGCCAAAAAGAUCGGCAACGAUUCACUAUUGCAAAGACUGUUAG